AUGGCCACCAAAACUCAAAAGAAAGUUAUAAAAAAACAAAAUAAAAAAAAGAAGAAGGAUCCCUUAGCUCCAAAGAGAGCCUUAUCAGCCUAUAUGUUCUAUGUUAAAGACAAAAGACUCGAGAUAAUCAAGGAGAAACCAGAGCUAGCGAAAGAUGUUGCACAAGUCGGUAAAUUAGUUGGGGAAGCAUGGGGAAAGUUAAGCGCAGCUCAGAAAACUCCAUAUGAAAAAAAAGCGCAAUUGGACAAAGUUCGAUACUCAAAGGAGAUAGAAGAAUAUAGAAAAAAUAAAAAAGACUAA